UUAAAAAUGCAUCACAAACAGUGAAAGUGAAAGCUUCCGAGACUUGGUGGUGAGGAGAAGGGAAUGCACUGGCUCAGUUGCCAGCUGACCGAAGAGCAGUGAGGAUGUCUAUCGUGUUCCAGGUGUUUGUAGAUGGGGUGGAGGGCAGAAGAAGAACCAUAGAUGUGGCAAAUAAAGAGCAGGAAUUCAACAAUAUGACCAUUGACAAAUUCAUGGAGAUGGUGGCAACCAAACUACUGAAGAAGCCAGGUAACCAACAAUUUAGUUUGCUGUACGCUAACCAACAAGUGGAAAAAGGGAAGAAAUUUUCAGAUUACUUCAUCAGAAACAAGUCUAUCUUCGUCAUGGUUACGCAGCUGCCUGGAGGAGGGGGUAAAAUGUUGACUUCCAUGAAGGACUUGUCAGUUUUCACAUAGAAAAUGAUGUCCAUCUGUGUCUACCCUGGACUGUGGUGGGCUCCUGCAUAGGCAAGGGUUUGGUUAUCAUUUGCCUGGAAAGAAACCAGAGAGGGGAAGGGUGGUGAGCCUCCAGGGUCACUGCAACACUCAGAGCUCAGCACACUAGUGGGGACACCUGGCCAUCACUGCCAGUCCACCAAGACACCAGGUUGAUAAACAUGAGGAUCCUGCUGUCUUUCCUUUCCCUUGUGUGUUCCUUUCCAUCCCCUGCUAUCUUCCGCCUGUCCUAUCUCUGUGUGUGUGUGUCUUUGAGCUGAUCCUGUAACCAACUGCAAGGCAUGACACCAGCACAAUGGCAUAAGAGAGCCCACUCAGUGAAGGACUGGUGAAGAAAAGGACCUGCCCAGACCAGCCAGAUGAUGACCAGGACCGGGAAAGUGAGUCAGGUCCAGAGCAACAGCUAUCCUGAGCAACUUGCCAGCCCAGAGCAUCUAGCCAUGACAGAUCAGCUGUCCUGUGUCCUGAAAACGCCGACACAAAGCCGUAUUUCUCCCACUUCUCCCACCUUACUAUCGGUUCUCUUCCUCCGCUUCCUUUUGCAUCUGUUUUGUUAAAAGCAGGAAAAGUAACCACAAAACUCACAGCUCUCAACAAAAGAAUAUUUCACCAGUAUCCUCUCUGAAAAAAGGGACUUCAAGUUUUGUUUACAAUUGUUUUGCUUAACACUCACUUUCAAAAUCGUUUGUCUUGUUUUGAAUUCUUUUCUUGUGUAUCCUGCUUAAUAAAUUUCCAAGUUGCA